AUGGCCACAUCUGGCAGGAUCAGUUUUACAGUGAGGAGCAUUUUGGAUUUACCAGAGCAAGAUGCUAAUAACAUAAAGCAACCUUCUCAUCACCACCACUCAGCGGAAAACUACAGCAGCUCGCCAUAUCGAGGGUGGAUAGAAACAGACAGAAGUCACUAUCCCUCUUCCGACGAGAGCGGCCCGGAGCUGAGCCCGCCCGAUCCCACGCAGAGGCCGCUGCCGGCCCGCGCCUCGGAGGCCGAGAAGAAGAAGAAGCGGCGAGUGCUCUUCUCCAAGGCGCAGACGCUGGAGCUGGAGCGGCGGUUCCGGCAGCAGCGGUACCUGUCGGCGCCCGAGCGGGAGCAGCUCGCGCGGCUGCUCAGCCUCACGCCCACGCAGGUGAAGAUCUGGUUCCAGAACCACCGCUACAAGAUGAAGCGGGCGCGCAGCGAGGGUGCGGGCAGCCCCCCGCGCCCGCCUGCGCUGCUGCGGCGCCUCGUGGUGCCCGUGCCCGUGCUGGUGCGCGACGGCGAGCACCCCCCGGCGCCCGCGCGCCCCAAGCUCGCCUGCGCCCUGGCGGGCUGCAGCGCGCAGGCUGCGCUCUCCGUGCAGGGCUACCAGGGCUGCGCGCCCGGCUCCGCCGCGCUCGGCGUCUUCCCCGCGUACCAGCACUUAGCACAUCCCGCCAUAGUCUCGUGGAGCUGGUGA